UCUUCUUCCUCCCCACCGCUCAAAAUCGAAAUAACAGAAAUACAGUGAAGUCCUACUGAGACAGUCAGAAUGUUGUAAUUGCUUUUCGUUCUCACGGGUUCAUUUUUGCCUCACCACCGCCCGUAGAUGAUAGAGAAUGAAUUCGGAGAGGACCCACAAUGCGCCAUCAUGAUGACCAGUUCUAUGUAGUUUUCUGCUAAACUCAGACCCAGACUCGUACAGGCGAUCCUUCUGUCCACUUGGGCGUAGCGCUCUGAACGUUCAACACAUAUAAGCCAUGAAAAGGACAACACUACUCACAAGAUUCCCAUGGCCCUCUUCAAUCUCUUCAAACACAAAUCAGUCACUACCAACGGCACUUCAGCUCCAGAUGAGGCGUCGCAGUACGAUCAGCUCCCUGAUAAAGCUGGUCUUUUGGUAGCCGGCGAGCUAGAGAAGGCUUUGGAAGAAUGUAAAGCAAGUGUGUCAAGGAUCGCGGCGGAAUGUAGAGCACAAAACAGGAGGUUUAGGGACCACGAAUUCGACGUCGAAAAUGAUCGUGAACGAUGCUUGCAUGGUCUUACGUCUGAGGACUACAAACCAGCCGACGUGCGGCGUGUCACACAAAUAUUUGAAAACCCGCAGUUCUUCGUCGACGGAGCGAGUUCUAAUGAUAUAAAGCAAGGAUCUAUCGGCGAUUGUUGGUUUGUGUCUGCUUUGGCGACCAUGUCUACCUGUGAAGGCCUCGUGGAGAAGUUUUGUGUCGCGAGAGACGAACAGAUCGGCGUAUAUGGAUUUGUCUUCUUUCGAGAUGGAUCAUGGGUGAAUGUCAUAAUUGACGAUUUCCUCUUCACGCGCAUUCCCAAGUUUGAAGAGCUUUCGUUCGCUGAGCAACAGAUCUAUCAUCACAACAAAGAGAAGUACAACGAAGAGGCAAGAAAGAGCGGAAAGGGACUGUACUUUGCACAAUCCGGCACCGAUGGCGAAACAUGGGUACCACUAAUUGAGAAGGCUUAUGCGAAGCUACAUGGAAGCUACGCUGCUCUGGUUGGAGGAGAUGCAUGCGAGGCUAUUGAAGACCUUACCGGGGGAGUUUCAACUUUUAUUCAUGCAAAUGACAUUCUGGAUAUCGACAAAUUCUGGACUGACGAACUUUGCAAAGCCAACAUUGAUCGUCUUUUCGGAUGUGCAUAUAAACCGCUCGAGACAGCUCGAAGCGGUGCUUGGCUACCAGUGGAUCUCAGCGGACUCAAAAGCAACCACUCUUACUCUGUCUUGCGGGCGGUCGAAUACAACGGGAAACGCUUCGUCAUCGUUCGGAAUCCUUGGGGUCAUUCAGAAUGGACUGGGAAUUGGUCGGAUGGGUCGAAAGAAUGGACGAGAGAGUGGCUUGAUGCGCUUCCCGCGUUGGGACAUGUAUUCGGUAAUGAUGGACAGUUUGUCAUGGAAUACAAGGAUUUCUUGGACUGUUGGGAUCAAAUUGAUCGUACUCUACUGUUCGAUUCUUCCUGGGUCAUGUCGUCUCAGUGGCUUCAUGUCACGGCCAAACCUUUGCCUUGCGCUUGGACAUACGGAGAUGUUUCUUUCAGCUUCAGUUUACCCACCGCUUCAAAGGCCGUGAUCGUACUAUCACAACUGGACGACAGAUAUUUCCUUGAAAUCUCUGGACGGUGCAACUGGACGUUCGAUUUCAUCCUCUUUAAAAAAGGAGAAAGGCACCAUAUCGCCGCGUCUUCUACAUCAAGACUACUCACUCGUAGUGUCAAUCUGGAAGUGGACCUUGAAGCCGGGGAUUAUGUCGUGCAUGUACGACUUGACCGUCAUGUUAGAGCUGAUAGACCAAAAGGAUAUUACCAGUCAAAACUGGAGGGAUGGAACCAACGAAGUCUUUCUCGGGUUCUCACUGAGAGAGCUACGAGCCAUUCGGUUGCUUCGAACUUCCAUGCUGAGUGAGUCGAAAUUCUUCAAGGAAUAUCACCUCUUCUAACGUACCCAUUCCGACAGCGUCGAAGCCAAGAACAUAGCCAUUCCUCUUGACAUCCUCGCUGGCCGGGACCUUUCCGAGCUCGAACAACAGGCACGGGAGAUCGUCAAGAAGAAGGAAAUGGAAGGAAAAGUUAAGGACGGUACUACUACCGAUACCGAAGCUAAGAAGAAUCAGGAUCGUGGAGAGGGUGAAGGUGAGAUCAAGAAACAGACGGUGACGACGGUUCAUAACCAAGAUGGAGAUGGAACUGUGACGACUACGACUACCACUACGGUCAUCGAAAAGGUCGUGGAGACGACGAAGGAAGUUGUGGGAAUUGUUGGGGUUGGAG